UGAAACUAUAAUGUUCCUUCAUGAAAUAUUUCAUCAAGGAUUAAAAGCAAGAAUAGCAAACUGGCCUACAUUAAUUUUAGCUGAUUUAUUUGAUAUUCUUUUACCAAUGCUGAAUAUAUAUCAAGAAUUUGUUAGAAAUCACCAGUAUAGCCUACAGGUGCUGGCAAACUGCAAGCAGAACAGAGAUUUUGACAAACUCUUAAAGCAAUACGAAUCCAACACUGCAUGUGAGGGCAGAAUGCUUGAAACAUUUCUUACCUACCCUAUGUUUCAGAUUCCUAGAUAUAUUAUCACCCUUCAUGAACUUCUAGCUCACACGCCACAUGAACAUGUGGAAAGGAAAAGCCUUGAGUUUGCUAAAUCUAAACUGGAAGAACUUUCAAGAAUAAUGCAUGAUGAAGUGAGUGAUACAGAAAAUAUACGGAAAAAUCUGGCAAUAGAAAGAAUGAUAGUAGAAGGCUGUGAUAUAUUAUUGGACACCAGCCAGACUUUUAUACGACAAGGAGACAUGAAAAACAGCACUAUAAUAAUAAAGCACCCAUGGGAAAGUCACAUAAACAAUAACCGGACUAUCAUCUUCAGUGGACCAGAAAUUCUCUCCAGCACCAUGGAAAAUAGUUCUGUCUGGCCGAUAAAUGUUGCACUCCCAAAUGAUGCCAACAUUCGGGCAAAAGCGCAGGAGAAACUUGAAGUACUUGAAGCUUUGUCAAAUGGUGGAGCGAUUGUGAGGAAUGAAAAUAGCUGUUUGUUGUUCCCAUUUUUCAUUUGUACUUCUAGAACAUUCAAUCAUGAAGCAAAAGGUUCUGGGCAAGUAUUUGGGCACCUUGACUUCAAGAUUGUGGUAGAUCCCGCAGGUGCACCUCCAUUUACGGUAGUCCUUUUAGCUCCUUCGCGGCAGGAAAAAGCAGCAUGGACCAGUGACAUUAGUCAGUGUGUUGACAACAUACGAUGCAAUGGUUUAAUGACAAUAGUGUUUGAAGAAAAUUCCAAAGUCACUGUGCCACAUAUGAUCAAGUCUGAUGCCCGUCUUCAUAAAGAUGACAUUGACAUCUGCUUCAGCAAAACUCUGAACUCCUGCAAAGUACCCCAGAUUCGUUAUGCAAGUGUUGAACGCCUCUUGGAAAGAUUAACAGACUUGAGAUUUCUCAGUAUUGAUUUUCUUAAUACUUUCCUACAUACUUACCGCAUAUUUACUAAUGCAACUGUUGUACUAGAAAAACUGUCUGAUAUUUACAAACGGCCUUUCACCUCCAUCCCUGUCAGGUCUUUGGAACUGUUUUUUGCUACUAAUCAAAACAAUAGAGAACAUAUGGCUGAUGCAAAGUCACCACACCUCUGCCGCAAGUUUUCUUCCCCUCCACCUUUAUCUCUUUCUAGGACGUCUUCACCUGUUAGAACAAGAAAAUUAUCAUUAAAUUCUCCAUUAAAUUCAAGAAUAGGAGCAUUAGAUCUAUCGGCUUCUUCUGUUAGCAGUCCUACCUCAACAUACAGCCCUGGAACAUCAUCACCCCCCAUGUCAACAAAAGUGCCACUGGAUCUGAGCAAAAGCCCUUCAUCUCCAGAGCAAAGCCCUGUUUUUUCAGAAGACAAUUCAGAAAAUCCACGCAAUGAGCUUUGCAAUAAGCUACGAAGAAGUAUUCGAAGAGCAGGAGUUUUGGAAUCUGUACCAGUUGAUCAUCCUAUCCCAGAAAGUGCCUCAACAGUAGAUCCUCCUGAGCUGUCUCCAUGUAGAUCCCCCUCAACUCCACGACAUCUACGUUACUGGCAGACAGGAGUACAGGUGACUGACAAUGGUCACUGUUCUGUUUCUCCUGCUUCUGCUUUUGCUAUUGCUACAGCUGCAGCUGGUCAUGGAAGUCCACCGGCAUUUAAUAAUUCUGAACGAAUAUGUGAUAAGGAUUUCAUAAUACGUCGAGCAGCUACAAAUCGUGUCUUGAAUGUCCUUCGCCACUGGGUGUCAAAACAUUCUCAGGAUUUUGAAUUAAAUAAUGAAUUGAAGAUGAGUGUUCUUAAUCUACUAGAAGAAGUUUUGAGAGACCCUGACCUUUUGCCACAAGAAAGAAAAGCUACAGCAAAUAUACUGAGUCUUUUUUCCCCCAGAGAAUUUCUUGGGCAGGGUUGGAUGAAAUUGGAUAAAAAUGAAAGAACACCUUACAUUAUGAAAACCAGCCAACAUUUUAAUGAUAUGAGCAACCUUGUAGCAUCCCAAAUUAUGAAUUACACUGAUAUCAGUUCCCGUGCUAAUACCAUUGAGAAAUGGGUUGCAGUGGCAGAUAUUUGCCGUUGUCUGCACAACUACAAUGGUGUCCUUGAAAUCACAUCAGCCUUCAACAGAAGUGCAAUCUACAGACUAAAGAAAACCUGGGCAAAGGUUUCUAAACAAACUAAAGCUCUUAUGGAUAAACUUCAAAAGAUUGUGUCAUCUGAGGGAAGAUUUAAAAAUCUGAGAGAAACACUCAAGAAUUGCAAUCCUCCUUCGGUGCCAUAUCUGGGGAUGUACCUCACAGAUCUGGCAUUUAUUGAAGAAGGAACACCAAACUUUACUGAAGAAGGCCUCGUCAAUUUUUCUAAAAUGCGAAUGAUAUCGCAUAUUAUCAGGGAAAUACGUCAAUUCCAACAGGCUUCCUAUCGAAUAGAGCAUCAACAAAAGGUCACUCAGUACUUGUUGGACAAAAGCCUCAUCAUAGAUGAGGACACACUUUACGAGCUAUCCCUAAAAAUUGAGCCAAGAUUGCCAGCCUGAGAAACCAAUAUUAUUCUUCAGCCACCAAGAACUUAGUCUAAUGGAAAAAAUAUGCAUGGCAUGCCUCUACAGAAUGCAAGGGGCAAAAGCUGAGAAAAAUUGAAAUUCCCUUCUCCAUUAAAGGGAUGCAGAGUCUCACAGAGAUACUUUUUCAGAGAAGUAACUGUUGGAGGAACGGAGCCACGUAGCAGAAAUGUGGGUCAAAUGGUUGUCACUUGACAGAAGGAAAGAGAUUUCAAAACAAAUAAAGGACUAAAGAAAGGAUGGGCAAUAACAGUAGUAAGCCAGUCAAGGAGAUCACAGAAUGAAAUCUGAAUACAGCAUUUUUCUAGAAUUGAAUAAAUGAUAGCAUGCUGCUAGAGGAAGAAAUCUUGUCUAUCUGUCUUUGGAUGCAAUUCAAAAGUCAUGCUUUAUUAGGUAUUUUGACCAAAUUUUUGCACUUUAUCAAGUCUAUUGUAAAUGAAAGAGUAUUUGUAGAAGCAACGAUGUAAUAUGUAACAGCAUUAUUUCCUGAAUAAUCUGUUCAUAUAAUUCCUUCGGCACGGCGAGAAGUAUUAAAACAGGCAAGUUGGCAUCUGCAGCAUCCAGCAGCUUCCCUGUUUUGAUACCCUAAAACUGUUCGUUUUAACUGAAGAUGUCAGUUCAUAAAUUAAUUUUCCGAAAUUUUUCCUUUUUCCCAAACCAAAAGAAGACUGAAAAAUAUCAGUGUGCCAUUAUAGCUUAAUAGUCUAAAUAUAUUAUUCAUUCUCUAAUAAUAGCAAUAUGUGAGAUGAUCUGGUAUGCAAAUUAAUGCACUGUCUUGCAUGGUUGCUCGAUAUACAAGCUUAGAAGGGACUGGAUUGAUAUUGCAAUGUUGUGGUAACCCUGUCUCUAUAGUAGGUUAGUCUCUUUGGUAAUUUGUACAUUGUUUUCCAAUAGCACAUUUGUCAUAUAACCUUUGUUAAAAUAUAUAUGUCUUAAUGAGUUUGUGAUGUCUUCUCCUAUGCACUAGUAGAUGAAAUGAGUGGGUUUUUUCCUUUCAUACUGGAAAAUAGUUCCAAUCAAAUAUCCUAUUAUAAGGAUCGACUUUUUGCCUUCUGCCCCCCAAUCCUUUGAAGACAAUAAGUAACCCUCAGCUCUGUAUUGGCGUCCGAGGCUAGUGACUUAUAGUCAGUAGGUUAACCUGAGAAGUAAUAGGACUAAAUAGUAUAUACUUUUGAUGUUCCGAUGGAUUUUCAUGCUCUUUAGAACAAGUUAUGAAGAUGUAGAGUUUCUGAAUCUUUUACUUUUUCAUGGAUAACACUACACCCUAUGAUCACUCUCUUUGGCACUAUAAUAUCAUUUAAGUAUCAUUGAGCUUUACGUAACUAGGCUAGCAGUUACAAGUGUAUAUGUGUAAUUAUGCAUGUGUCUAUAUACAAUAAUUACUCCAGGAUCACCUUAAUAAUGAUAAAAUCCAGUUUCUGUAAGUGUAACUUGCUCUGUCACAUCCAUUAAUAGCAGUAGACUUAUAUACCGCUUCAUAGGCCUUUCAGGCCUCUCUAAGCGGUUUACAGAGAGUCAGCAUA